AUGGAGAAUAUAAAAGAAUCUUAUUUUAAACCUACAGCUAAGGAACUUUUAAAGGUUCAAGAAAGUCAUGUACCACAAAAUACAGUUAAAUGUACAAAAAAAUGGAUUAAUAUUUUAAAUUCUUGGCGAAAUCAUGAAGAUGUAGGCUAUAAAUAUACAUUAGAAUCACUUUCCUCUAAUCAACAAAUUGAAAAAGAAAUGUGCGAGUUUAUUUACGGUAUAAGAACAAAAUCUGGAGAGCGAUAUUCAAGAGCUUCACUUAAAAAUGCAGUUGCUUCAAUAAGCCGCCAUCUUAAAGACACCAUUCCACAAUGGAACUAUAACCUUUUAGAUAAAAAUCAUUUUCCAAAGUUACAUGCUACUCUUGAUGGCACAUUAAAAGAGAUGAAAAAGUUAGGAAUAGGCGCGGCAAAGCCACAUGAAGGCUUGACAAAUGACGAAUUAAAAAUUAUUUUAGAUCAUGAUGCUGUGUCUUUUAAUAAUCCUGAAGGAUUACUUAGAAGAGUAUUUUUAUGGAUAUGUUUAUUAGGAUGUCCACGAGGUGGUGAACAUUAUAAUUUACUAAUUAAUCAAUUUGAAGAUACAGAUAAUGGAUUUAUUUUUAAGAAAUUUCAUCAAAAAAAUGAUCAAGGAGGGUUGGAAAGUAACCAAUAUACAUUUGAAAUUCCAUUUCCAUCAGAUGUUAAAGGUAAAGCUGAACCCAAUGCAGAUAUUCGCAAAUAUAUUUCAAUGAGACCCUCAGAUUGUAUAACCAAAGAAUUUUACUUAGGAAUUUCAACAAAUACAGCAGGUAAAUGGUAUUAUGAUUGGGCACUUGGUGAAAAACGGAUUAGAGGGAUGUUUCGUGAAAUCUGUAUUGCGUGCGGUAUUGACAUUUCCGGAAGAAAUAUUUCUAACCAUUCAGGAAGAGAUACGGCAAUACAAUCAAUAUUUGAUGCCGGAAAUGAAGAAGUUGAAGCAAUGGCAAUUUCAGGUCAUAAUUCAUCUGCAGGAGUGCGUAAUUACCUUAAAGUAACAAAAGAAAAGAAAAGGAAGAUUCUAGGUUCGGUUAUGCAAAGGUUAACUGAAGAUACGUCAGAUAUCAACUCAAAAACUGAAAUACAGUAUGAUAAUGAAGUGCAAUGUGAUGACAAUAUGCAACAUGGAGAAAUUGUAUUAUCUGGAUUUAGCAAGGCUUCGGAAUUAUUGGAAAAUAAGAACAAGCGGCCAUUACAGGAAACUUCUACUAACAAAAAUAUAGAUAUUAAUAAUAAUAAAAAGAAAAAAAGAAAAAAAAUUAUUAUAAAUAAAUAUUACUAUAAUAAUUGUUCAAUUUAUAACAAUUGA